AUGUCUGAUAAAAUAUUUUUAAAAUCUAUAAAGGUUACUGAUGAAAAUGAAAGUGAUGGAUUUAUUAAUCUUUACGGGCAAGUUAUUGUGCAGUAUUCCAGUAAAGACAAAGAGAAAAUAGUGAUAAUAGAAUACACUGUUAAUUCUUGGGACACAGGCGAUAGCGUAACUGCAUUAAAAUCAUCUGCUCUUCCUAAUAAUCAAGAAUUAUAUUAUUUUGAAAUUUCUACUUUUAAAGUUCCUAAUAUACCAUUACACCUUGAAUUUCUCGCGCGGUUUGAUGUUGAAGAUUCUACUUUUUGGGCUGAUAGCAGUUAUGAAUAUUUAUAUGAUGAGGGUUGUCCUAAAGAAUUCUUUUUUCAUGAUGCUACAAUUGAAAGUACCUCUCAGAAUAAUUCAACAGAAGAAAAUAGCUUAGUAUUGAAUGAAGAACGCAGACAAUUAGAAGAAGAACUUAGAUUGCUAGAAGAAGAACGUAAACAAUAUGAGGAAGAACGUAAACGUAGACAACAAGAGGAAGAACGUAGAAGACUGGAAGAAGAACGUAAAUUACUAGAAAAAGAACGCAGACUUUUAAGAAAAGAACGAAUGCUAUUUGAAGAAGAACGUAGACAAAUAACCAGAAAGAAGGAUUGCUCUAAAUGUUUAAAGAGUCUUGAAAUUAAUGUCUUUUUGAAUAUUACAGACCAAUGUUGUCAUGAUAUUUCUAUAUGUCGUAAUUGUGUAGGUGAACAUAUUGAGCGUGAAUUUAAUAAAGAAAGUAUUAAAAUUUUAUAUUCUGAAAAUAAUCGUCAUGAAGAUAAUGAGAAUGUUAAAAUUAAAUGUCCAGAAGAUGGAUGUAACGAAAUAUUAAAUCAGAAAGAUAUAAAAGAAUUCGCAAGUGAAGAGACAUUUAAACGGUAUGAAAAAUUCUUGCUAAAUAUUGCAUUAUCGCAAAUUGAUACUUUUCAAUGGUGCUUAAAUCCGAAUUGCGGAUCAGGACAGGACCAUUACCAAGAAGGUGCUCCAGUAAUGAUAUGCAAUUCUUGUGGGAAAAUGACCUGUGUUGUGCACAGACUUCUAAUUGAUGUUGAGCGAAGAGAAGAAGUACGUGGGCGAAGGGAAGAAGAAGAACGUAUACGACGAGAAGAAGAGCUCAGGCGGCAAGAGGAAGAACGAAGAAGAUUAGAAAUACUUAGAAAAAAUGCCGAAAAUCCUUCGUAA